AUGGGAUACAGGCCAGGCCUUGUGCUUUUAUCUAGUUCAAGCACCUCUCCUACCCACUGGCCGGCGCUGUACAAUCGAAAGCCCCACGAGUCGUUGGCGCGCGGUGAUUGGGCGGCGGAUGAGGCGCGUGUGAGCCACACCGCGCCACCCAGCCUCCGCCGCCGCUCUUUAACCGGCCGGCCCGAGUCGCCGACGCCGCGCGCCCCUCCUCUCUCGCCAUCCAUGCCGGCCACGGCGGCGCGCUCCGUGCGGGCCGCGGCGUCCUCGGCCCGCUGCCGCUCCCGAUCCGGCGCCGGCCCAGUCGCCGCCCUCCCGUCUGACGGCCGUGGCGGCGACGGCGCCUACAAGGAGCUCGGUCUGUACUCCUUGAAAAAGAGGAUUGAAGAUGCAGUUGUCCGGGUCGAAACGACUACAUCCAGUGCAUUGGAGAUGGAGGAAGCAAGGAGAAUUAGACAGGAAGAAGUGUUGAGGGGGCGCAAUUUGUGGGACAAUCCAGCUAAGUCACAUGAGACACUUUCUGCUCUGGCUGAUGCUAUCAGAGUAGUCGAUCAUCUCAAAGACCUUCGGUAUAAGGCUGAAGAAGCUAAGUUGAUCAGUCAACUAGCGGAGAUGGAUGUCAUCAAUGUCGAGUUAUUUAAGCAAGCAUACGAGACUUCUGUGGAUGCCAGUGAGUAUCUUGAUCGCUAUCAGAUGUACAAGCUUCUUAAGGGUCCAUAUGUCAAGGAAGGAGCCUGCAUCAUCGUCAGUGCUGGAUCAGAGGAUGUUGCUUCUGAGCUAUGGGCAGAGAAGAUAUUUUGCAUGUAUUCAAGUUGGGCACGGAAACAAGGUUGCAAGGAUGGACUGGUUGAGAGGAUUGCAUCAACAAGUGGUCGAGUGUGGACUGCAGCCAUGGAAAUUGAAUCAGAGUACAUGUUUGGCACCCUUUAUGGAGAAAAAGGAACUCACAGAAUGAUCUAUCCUUCUGUCAAUAAUUCUGGCACUUAUGAGGAAACGUCAGCUAGAGUCGAUAUAAUUCCUCUCUUCUUAGAUAGACCAGCUAAUCUUCACUUGGAUGACAAUGAUCUGGAGAUUUCUCCUUCCCCCAGUGACCAUAAGAGGCAGGAUCACAGAAAUUCAGCCGUUAGGAUUCAACACAUACCAACUGGAGUUACUGCUGAAAGCUCAGGUGAGCGAAGCUCCUUCGCAAACAAGUUGAAAGCUAUAAGCAGGCUCAAAGCGAAGCUCCUUGUUAUAUCAAGAGAAUUAAGAGUGUCUGACGUGAAGAUGAUCAAGAGGCAGAUGGUGGAGGAUUUGUACAGGCGAGAGACAAGAAGAUACAAGUUUGGGCCUCAGAAAUUGGUUCAUGAUCUCAACACAGGCCUGCAGCUAUCAGAGCUGAACUCUGUCCUGGAAGGUGACAUUGAUCCUUUCAUCAGAGGUCGCAUUACGUCAAGACUUGGAUGAUACACCAAGAUCAUAAGAUGCCAACAUCUGAUCCAUUUUGUUCAUCACUUCCAACUCUAAAAAUAUCCCUUAUAUUUUUCUGAUACAUACCACACCACACCAAAAGGAUAAAUUCUGUAACAAACAUGGGCCACAUCCCAAGCCUUAAAAGGCUAUAAAUAUUCUUGGUAUAUAAGAGAGCAAUUUCAUGAUUCAUCAUACAUGAUGUGAUAAAGGCCGUGUU